GACAAAGCACUUGCUCAGAGGCUUGUCUGUGAGGAGACCGUUGUUUCUGUCUCCGCCUCGGACAGCAGCUUCAAGCAGAGUCGCGACUUUUAGCCUCAGGUUCACUUUGAUAACAAUAAUAAUAUAACUCGGAGACAGGUUAUAUUUCUGCGGACAUAUUAUUUUUUUCUCAACUGUUGUAAACUUUGAGAAGAAGGAGAGUUUUGACAGGAAACAGGGACUGGCGUGUGUUUUUCAUUCCCCUCCAGCGGUCCUCAGCUCCAGACAUCUUUGAGCGAUGUUUGACAAGCAGCACUACGAAAGUCCACCUGUCUACAGUCCUCCAUCCAACAAUGGCUUUGGCCCUCCGGGCAGCUUCCAAGCCCCUCAGAGCGAUUACAACGCCUAUCCACCUCCACCGGGAUCUUACUACAUUGAGGACAAACCGCAGCACUUCUACAAAUGGCUGUCACCUCCGGGGAUCAUCAAGGCCAUGAUGGCUACGGUGAUCGUGUUGUGUGUGGCGAUAUUUGCCUGCGUAGCUUCCACCCUCAUGUGGGACAUGCAGUAUGGAAUGGGAAUGGGAAUGGGAAUGGGCUACGGUAGCGGAUACGGCAUCGGCAGCUACGGUUCAGGAUAUGGUGGUUAUGGAGGGUAUGGAGGAGGUUAUGGAGGAGGCUAUGGAGGAGGCUAUGGCAGCUAUGGCUCCUACAUCUCACCUUACUCAGCCAAAUCUGCCAUGAUUGCCAUGGCAGCAAUUAACUUCAUUGGAGCACUGGCCUUCUUCAUCACCAGCUUCUCAAAAUCCAACGCUGUCCGCAGUAGGAAGUUCUUUCUGGCCCUAAUGAUAGCCAGCAUCAUCAUGGCUGUCCUGGAGGGCAUCAUAAGCAUUGUCUACAUUGUUGGGGUGAACCCAAUGGCCCAAGGCUCCUCCAGUAUGAUGUAUAAUCCGAUGCUUAUGAUGUGCCAGAACCUCUACCAGACCAGCUACUCACAAAUGGGAGGAGUGGGAGGCUUCCCCAUUUACAACCAGUAUCUCUACCAUUACUGCUUUGUGGAUCCACAGGAGGGAGUUGCCAUGGUGUGUGGAUUCCUUGUUGUCAUCGCCUUCAGUGUUGCAGCUUUUUUUGCACACAAAACAAGAGGGAAGAUCUGGCGCUAUGGGAAACCCAACAUCUACUGGGAAGAGCCACUCGUUGGCGGGAAGACCUCAGAGGGCAGAGAUGUAGAGGAAUGGGUGAACAAUGUGGAGGAAAGCCGUAGUGUUCAAGACGCCCCUACCCUGCUGGUGUCAGAGAAGGGAGCUGGGUUGCUCAACGCCUCAGCGAACAGUGUCAUCUCCUAUCCCCCAGCCAAGGUGGACAGCAGCUCCUAUAAUGAGGACACCUUCGACAACAACGAGUACUCAGAGAGGACCACCAGCAGACCAUCAGAAGUCUUCUCCCAUGGAGGAAGAACCAGCUCCAGCCCUUCAGAGGGGACUGGUGGGGGCCGCAAACCCUCUGCCAACAGGGGCAAGAGACGCAGACGUAACCCCGAGCUGGAUGAGUCUCAGUAUGAGACAGAGUACACCACAGGAGGAGAAACAGGGAAUGAACUCGAUGGAGAAGAGUGGGAGAGUGCAUACCCAGAUAUUACAUCUGAUGCUCAGCGUCACGACUACAAGAGAGAGUUUGAUGCUGACCUUAGGGAAUACAAGCGUCUUUGUGCUGAAAUGGACGACAUUAACGACCAGUUGAACAAACUCAGCCGGCAGCUGGACACACUGGAUGAGACCUCUGCCAAAUACCAGGCUGUAGCAGAGGAAUAUAAUCAGCUGAAGGAUCUGAAGCAGACGUCAGACUACCAGUCCAAGAAGAAAGAGUGUCGCAGGCUGAGACACAAACUGUUCCACAUCAAACGCAUGGUGAAGGACUACGACAAGACCCACUGAUGAACCCACUGAGUCCUGGCGCUCAGCUCUGGGGUCCACAAAGCAAACACUCACGGACAAGCAGGCCAAGAUACACUCCAGAAUACCACAAAGACUGUGACGUGUCGAGACCAAAGUUACCUGUACAGAACCAGCACACACUGGAUACGCUCACAAACACACACACACACACACACACACACACACACACACACACACACACACACACACACACACACAUAUA